AUGGACAACCAGCAACCCAGCGGAACAUGGCGAUACAAUUCUGUCCUUGGUGAGAUGGAAGAUGCGAUCAUCCGACUCGAAGACGAUGAGCAAGCACCCGAUCCUUGUCUCAAGAGCACCAUCCGCGCAGAACACCUCACUCCCCUCGCCUUCUACCGAUUCUACUACCUCCAAUUGAAUCAAGUUCAAACCACACAUCCCUUCGCCUCAAUUCACAUGACGAAAUACCUCACUGAGCGUCGCUUGUGGGAGAAUUACUGUAAGUUGUCCUUUCAUAUUUUAAUUUUGGGCGGUCGGAACGCGACCAUGACAUCUAAAUUUCUUCGCAACAAUGAAGUCGCGUCGCAGCAAAACUUAUCUUUUGGGAAGUUGGGGAGCUAG